AUGCAGGAAGGAGAACUCAUCUCAGAUUACUUCUCAAAUAACCUAAAAAGAAAUGGUGAGAAGUUAGAUGAUGUAAGAAUCAUGGAGAAAGUUCUUAGAUCAUUGGAUUCGAAAUUCGAACACAUUGUUACCGUGAUUGAAGAGACAAAAGACUUGGAUACUAUGACAAUGGAGCAACUUCUUGGAUCACUACAAGCUUAUGAAGAAAAGAAGAAGAAGAAAGAAGAUAUUGUGGAGCAAGUUCUCAAGAUGAGAAUUGAUCACAAGGAAGAAAGUGGCCGAAGCAAUCUAAGACGUGGUGGCGGUCAUUUCCGAAGACGAGGUUGUGGUGUAAAUGGACGAGGUUGGAGACCAUAUGAAGACAACUUCAACCAAAGAGGAGAGAAUUCAUCAAGAGGUCGUGGAAGAGGAAACCCAAAAUCAAGGUACGAUAAAUCAAGCAUCAAAUGCUAUAGUUGUGGGAAAUUUGGACAUUAUGCUUCUGAGUGCAAAACUCCAAACAACAAUAGAGUUGAAGAGAAGUCCAACUAUGUUGAAGAAAGGAGUAAAGAAGAAGAUAUGCUAUUGAUGGCUUACAAGAAAGAUGAACCAAAUGAGGUUCACAAGUGGUACCUUGAUAGUGGUGCAAGCAACUACAUGUGUGGAAAUAAAAGCAUGUUCGUGGAGCUUGAUGAAUCGGUGAAAACUGAUGUGGCUUUAGGAGAUGAAUCGAAGAUGGAAGUGAAAGGUAAAGGAAAUAUUCUCAUCCGCUUGAAGAAUGGAGAUCAUCAAUUCAUUUCCAACGUUUACUACAUUCCAAGCAUGAAGACCAACAUUUUUGAGCCUAGGACAACUCUUAGAGAAAGGUUAUGA